AUGUUUCACGCUAUCAUGGACACCAUGCAGGGCUUUGGGGUGAGCAGCACCCGCUACCUGCAGACCAACUAUCAGGAUGCCCAAGGUUUGUUCCUCUGGGUGUCAUGGGCAGCAGACCUCAGGAACACCUUUUUUAUCUUCUUCCCACUCUGGUUCCACUUUCGGCCCUCGGUGGGCAUCAAGCUCAUCUGGGUUGCCGUCAUUGGGGACUGGCUCAACCUGGUGUUCAAAUGGAUUCUGUUUGGAGAGAGGCCCUACUGGUGGGUCCAUGAGACGGCUUACUACAGCAACAGCAUUCGUCCCGCUAUUGAACAGUACCCAAUGACCUGCGAAACUGGUCCAGGAAGCCCUUCAGGUCACGCUAUGGGAGCGGCAGGUGUCUACUACACCUUGGUGACAUCUAUCCUUGCCAUCAUGGCCAGCAAGAAGAAACAUGGUGGCAAGAAGUCUUCUAAAAACGGGCUCUACUUGAAGGUUAUUCUUUGGACCGUGUUCUGGGCAGUCCAAGUGUGCGUCUGUCUAUCCAGGGUCUUCAUAGCUGCACACUUCCCCCACCAGGUUGUUGCUGGAGUCAUCACAGGCAUGAUUGUGGCUGAGGCCUUUAACAGAACCCAGUGGAUCUACAAUGCGAGCAUGAAAAAGUACUUCUACACCACGCUCUUCCUGACUUCCUUCGCAGUGGGGUUUUACCUGCUUCUAAAGGUUGUGGGUGUAGACCUCCUCUGGACGCUGGAGAAGGCCCAGAGAUGGUGCAACAAGGCCGAAUGGGUCCACUUGGACAGCACGCCUUUCGCCAGCCUCCUACGCAACAUGGGCACACUAUUUGGCCUUGGCCUCGGCCUGCACUCGCCCCUGUAUACCGAGACAAAGCGCAGCAGUAAUGCAGUGUCCCGGGCCGGCUGCAUUGUCAGCUCUCUGCUGUUGCUCCACCUCUUUGACUCCUUCAAGCCACCCACGCACACCGCCGCCCUAUACUACCUACUCUCCUUCUGCAAAAGCGCCACUGUACCCGUAGCGACUGUCAGUAUCAUCCCAUAUCUGGUGAACAGCGCGCUGGGCCUGCACACCAAAAAGGGCGUGUGA